GUGAUUUGACAAGAUUGAAUAGGAUUGUUUGUUGAAGUUUGCUUGCUUGGUAGGUUAUUCUUGCGGUCUAGGAAUUUUGGUAUAUAUUUCCACCAAAAUGUCGAACAUUAACUUGCAAUGUCUAUUAGGGAUACAGUGUAAUGAUUUCGUAAUGAUAGCAGCCGAUCAGAGCAAUAGCCACAGUAUUAUGGUGAUGAAAGACGAUGAGGAGAAGAUUCACAAGAUAUCUGACAAACUGAUAAUGGGUGUGAUUGGUGAUCAAGGCGACUCUACUCAAUUUGCUGAAUACAUUGCUAAGAAUAUCCAGUUGUACAAAAUGCGUAAUGGAUAUGAGCUAGGACCCACUGCUGCCGCUAAUUUCACUCGCAGGAAUCUCGCCGAGUAUCUGAGAAGCAGCACACCUUACUUUGUGAAUGUUCUGAUGGGUGGCUAUGACAAAGAGAAUGGUCCAGAACUAUAUUUCAUGGACUACCUUGCAUCCAGUGUGAAAGUACCUUUUGCCUGUCACGGAUUUGGUGGUUACCUCAGCUUGAGUAUCAUGGAUCGCUACCACAAAAAAGAUGCCACUGAGGAAGAAGCAUAUGAAAUCCUGAAGAAGUGUGUGAAGGAGGUUCACAGGAGACUGUUUGUCAGCCUGCCAAACUUCCAAGUGACAGUUGUCGAUAGGAAUGGCAUUAGAGUACUGCCUGUUAUUAACUCUGAGCUGUUGAAGUGACUUUCUCAAUAAAGUAAUAUUUUCAUCA